UCCCUUCCCAUCCAUCCAUCCAUCUUCUCCGGCCACUCAGUUAGUCCGUGGCGGUUUCCGCGGCGUCUGUUUUGUCGAGGCGAAAGGCACGCGGAGGCGAGGAGUGGGGAGGGAGGCUCGCUCUGCGGAACAGCCUCGAGGCUGCCGGCCUCCCUCCCUGGAGCAAAGGCGGCUCCCCGGGGCCUCGAAGGCGCCCCUCCUUCUCUCUUCCCAGGGAGCAUAGAGGGGGAAGAAACUGCUUGGGAAAUAACAGAGGGAGGGGGUUCUCCGGUGUAGCCCCCUCACCUGCAGGGCGCGGAGAGCCAUCUUUCCCCCCAACGCCUCGCCCCCAUUGUCCUUCGGCUGCGCGGUCUUCCCUCACGUUAACAUCCUGCGUGUCGUUCGGCGAACGUUCCUCAUCAUAAUCAAGGGCAGCCCGCCAUAGCUUCCUUCCGAAAUCCGGCGUGGAAGAGGAGGAGACGGGAAGAGCCACCAGGUAUUGGUGAUGCCAGGUGCAGCCUUUGUGCUGAAGAAGUAGAAACACACAUUUUCAGUGCUUUGAAUUUUCAGUCUUUGAGAUACUGCUUUCUCCCCAAUCUUCACUUCCUUGGAAAGAGCAAGAAUAGUAAUCUUCCUGGCCAAUUUAUUGUAUUCUUCAGGACAGCAGAUAUUGGACAUUGAUCAGUUGGGGUACAAGAAGACUGCAAUUCAUAUGUCACCUUCCUUCUUUGGAGUCUCUGCAGCUAGAUCACUGUUGAAGACCCAGAAGGUGCAGAGAGGACUUGAUUGCAUGCCCAGAUAUUGGUAAAGGAGGCAAAAAAGAGGGUUCCAGAAAUACCUUUUUCUACAGGGGGAUUGAAGCAUCACACUUGCUUUCCCCCAGCUCCCAAGUGUGGCAUUUGCUUCAAAGGAGACCUAACAUCUGUGGGGACUCGUUCAAGAUGUGUAGCUCGAUUGCUCCUAGGAUCUGGUUCUUAACAGAUCGUCGUAUCAGAGAAGACUAUCCUCAACAAGAAAUCUUGCGGGCUCUAAAAGCCAAGUGUUGUGAAGAGGAUCUGGAGUUCCGAGCCUUGGUGAUAGAUGAAGUAGUCUUGACCAUUGAGCAAGGAAACUUGGGUCUCCGAGUCAAUGGGGAACUCAUCACAGCUUAUCCACAGGUAGUGGUUGUUCGUGUGCCAACACCAUGGGUCCAAAGUGACAGUGACAUUACAGUUCUUCGCCAUCUAGAGAAGAUGGGUUGCCGUCUAAUGAACCGCCCCCAAGCCAUACUCAAUUGUGUCAACAAAUUCUGGACUUUCCAAGAGCUGGCUGGACAUGGUGUACCUCUUCCAGACACUUUUUCCUAUGGAGGUCAUGAAAAUUUUGCCAAAAUGAUUGAUGAAGCCGAAGUGCUGGAAUUUCCCAUGGUUGUCAAGAACACACGUGGUCAUAGAGGUAAAGCUGUGUUUCUGGCAAGAGACAAGCACCAUUUGGCAGACUUGAGCCACCUUAUUCGUCAUGAGGCCCCUUACCUAUUCCAAAAAUACGUCCAGGAAUCUCAUGGCAAAGAUGUGCGAGUCAUCGUGGUAGGAGGCCGUGUAGUGGGUACUAUGCUGCGUUGUUCAACAGAUGGUAGAAUGCAAAGCAAUUGCUCACUUGGUGGCAUAGGAAUGAUGUGCUCACUGAGUGAACAAGGCAAGCAACUGGCGAUCCAAGUGUCUAACAUUUUGGGGAUGGACGUAUGUGGCAUCGACCUCCUAAUGAAGGAUGAUGGCUCGUUCUACGUCUGUGAGGCCAAUGCAAAUGUAGGUUUCAUUGCCUUUGACAAGGCUUGUAAUCUUGACGUAGCUGGUAUCAUAGCGGACUAUGCCGCUUCCCUUCUUCCCCCCGGUCGCUUGACACGACGCAUGUCCUUGCUCUCUGUGGUGUCCACGGCUAGUGAGACAAGUGAGCCAGAGCUGGGCCCUCCAGCUAGCGCCACUGUCGACAAUAUGAGUGCCAGCUCCAGCUCUGUCGACAGUGACCCUGAGACCACAGAGAGAGAGUUGCUCACCAAGCUUCCAGGGGGCAUAUUCAACAUGAACCAGCUAAUAGCCAAUGAGAUUAAACUCCUAGUGGAGUGAUGCCACAUGUAAAUAAAUAUGACCAACUUUCUUGUACUUUUUUUUUAAACAACCAACUUGUAGUGCUGUUUAUCAGAAGCAGCUCUAUGGAGGUGAGGGGAGGGUGUUAGCCUGGGGAUAAAAAUUAAAGCACGCAUGUUCUGUGAAUGCUGCUUUAUGCUACUUAUUAAUCUUGCAGAACAUAUAUUUACUUGAUACUUUUGACAACCAAUUUCCAAUUGGUGUUGCCCUGUUAUAAAAACAUUUGGGGGGGGGGGGUAAUUAAAAUCUUGUUUUCAUUAAGGAUGCCACUUUGAUAUUUAAACCCAUUGCAGAGCAUGUUCACGGGGAUGUAUUUUAGCUUGAUAGGUGAUUUUGCAGUUUGGAAAGUUUACUUCUCCAAAAUCAUCUAUGAAUUAAUAUAUCUGCAACCAUCCCCUCACCUCAUUGGAGCUCAGUCCGCCUGGUUACUUUAUACACCCCCUUUUUGUCCUAUAGGCGUUGAGAGAUGUUGGGGAAGUCAAUUCUUGUUUCAGCAGAGGUUCUAAAUAUCAUAAUUUCCCAUCUGAAAUAAGUAAGAACUUGCAUCCUUGAGAAACAGCUCAUAUCGGCCACAUAAGUCUUGCCCUUGGGCAGUUUAACCAACUGCAGCAUCUGUUUGUUCAGCAUGAGGUUUUGAGACAAACCUGCAACUUCUGCCAUUUCAGUAUUAAUAGCUGGGGUUGUGUCCAUACAUGCAUAUUUAAAGCAAAUGCUACUGUGUGUGGAUUUUUAAAACAAUUUUUAAUUCUGGGUUGCGGGGGGGCUGGAGAAGAUGUGUAUACAUUUCCUUCCAUCUUAGCUCAUUAAUGGCAGAAGUGGCAUGUUUUCUUUUGCACAAAAGGCAAAGAUAAACAGCACUGUUAACUUUUGGUGUACAAAAUAAUGUUAAAUCCAACGUGAAAAAGAAUAACACUAGUUUAAAACAAAUGUGCAUUGACUUGUAUUUGUUAGUGUUCUAGUCUUUUUUGCAAGAUAAAUACUAUGUUUCUGUUUCAUUUUUAAUACAUACUCAUCCAACACUUCUUUCUUCCAUGCUUGCAUCUUCAAUAUUGGCUAAACUUGAAAAUGCCCAUAUUGUUUAACAUUACCACUAUUUAACAGCAACAGCAGCAAAAAGUAGACACUUUCCAAAGAACAAAAAAAAAAUCCUAUUACCUAGAAUAAUGUGGGAGGGGGUGUGGAGGAGGGUUGAAGUGAUUGCAAAUUGCAAAAUUACUUUGGAUUAAAUAUUACUACUUUUAUUAGUAACUUUCUUUAUACAACAUAUUAAAAUCUGAAGUAGCCUGAUUUUUUAAAGAUAAAUCCUGAAGAGAAAUACACAGUUUUUGGUUUUGGGAAAACAAACACACAAUACUUUGCCCUCAAGGCCCAGCCAGAAUGGGAUAAUAAUUUAAGGCCACAGAUAUGUGGAUCUCAGGCCCUUAUGUAUGUGUCUGUAUUUUGCUUUGUUUUGUCAUUGGUUUUGUCUGUCCAGUUCGUCACUCUUUUUUCCAGAAUGCCUGAUGAUCUCCUUUCCCAAACCCCACCUGACCUGAUACUUCUGGCUGUGCAUUUUCUUAUUAAAUUUGAUAAAAGAAUCAAAACAGGAGCUUUGGGUCUGUUUUAAUGGCCUCAUCUUCCUCCUCCUCACCCAUUUCUCACUCUUUGUUUUCUUUGGGGUAUAUACAGCAUUGACAUGAUAGAGAAAUAUAAACACAAAUGCUAUUAUUUUAGAAACAGCAACCAAACACCACCAAUUAAAACAUUUGCAACAGAAAAUGGUUCAUGAAAAGUUUUUGAAAGGCGAGCAGCUUGUAUCUGCAGUGCUGCUUUUAUGUGGAGGCUUCAGGGCGGCAUGUCUCUCCUGCCCUCCAAGGCUCUGAGCUUCAUCCCUCUGGCCUCUUCUUCCCUCUGGCUAUCUUGCUCUCACUUGGAUUUUAAGUAUACACAGCGUGUGGACACUAUGCAAAGACGUCAGGAGACAAUAAACAGAAAAAUGUUAACCUGUUCUCACGAAGGUUUGAUUAUGCCUAUUUGUACAGCUUUUUGUUUAAAAGUGUAAUUGCAGGGUUUUUUUUGUAAAAGUAAAAAUACUAUUAUUACUAUCAUUAUUAAAAUCCAACCGAAGGCUGAAUGUUGGCAUUAGCUGGUGAAGGAAAAAGUGUAAGAUGCAAAGGAUGAUUUGGUGGUGCUUCAGCUAUCUGCUAACUACAUGUGUGUCUUAAAUACAAGUUUCCAUGAAAAUCCAGCUGGAUAUUUUUUACCAUGAUUAAACACUGAGCAUCCUUUAGGAGUGUCAACAAACAAAUAACCCUGUUUUAGCAAAACACACACAAAAGCCACACAAAUUCAGUCGAAGAAGGAGCUGAUAACCCUGACAGUUCUAAUUUUGGGCUAUAUUAUGUUAAUACAUAGGUGAAACAAAACAGAUUUUGGCAACUGUCAUUUCUACUUCAGACUCCCACACCCAGUUCCUAGAAUUAUUUUACAGCAUUAUACUGCAAUGAAUGAUUUUUAAAAAGUAAACAACCACUUACUGAAAAACAACAAAACGUGAAAUCCUUUUCAUACUUUGGUUUAUCUGUUUCUCAUGAGAUGAUCACUGAUUGUGUUUUUAAAAAGAUUGGAUAAUCUGUGGGUGAAGAUUAGACUCACAUUUUAUGUAAGCAGAAGCUGCCAAUUCUUACCAAAAGUUCACAGAAGAUACCAUACAGGGAUAAUAGAUCUCUCUUACUUUCCCAGUUGUAGCUAUUGUUGAAUCAUGUUGUGGAAGAAAGUUUUUAAAACAUGAGGACUGUGAUAGGUAAGGAAAAUAUUGUUCUCUUAAACAGAAUAUAGCUUCCAUGCACAGUAGUGCUGUACGUUGCCAUGUCCCCAACAAUAUUGGCUUCACUCACAUACAUUACGAAGCAACAUUGCUCACCACCGUUUGGAACAUUAUGUUGAAAUAAACCAUUGUUAAGCCAGAAACCAUAGUGCCACCACAAGCAGUGCUGGAACACAUCAUUACACUGGAAGCUGCUCCUCAGGGUUGGGAUAAUGAUGGAGCUUGAUCGAGUUCCAUGUAUCUUUUUUAUAUAUAUAUAUGACAAAUUUUGCAGUUCAAAUUAUGAUAUAUAUGAAUUUUGUAUUGUACAGAAUUGCAGAUUGUGUUUAUAGCUUUGUAUAUUUUCAGAUCUUUAAUGGUGUAAUGUGUUUAAAACAUUUAUAAAUCUUCCUGCCAUUCUGGAAUAUUGUGAUAGAUAAUCAGUAAUACAUGAUGGAAAAGACAGCAUGGUCCUGGACUACUUCUGUUGUUGGUUUGCACUCCAUGUCCAAAUUGUGUGAUUGUAUCAUACUGACUUUUCCCAGCAAUGGAUCACACAGAAGAUCUACGAUGAAGAGUGCUCUGGACCUGCUAUGCUUUUUUAAAAAAGACACUACUGCUGCACUGGACACUCAGUAGACUCCUCGUAUAGGAUGACUUAUUUUAAACUUAUAAGCCUUCCAGAUGAAAAGAGCCCAAGUUGGUUAAAUGUGUAUGGGCUUAAACUUUGAAAUGUGUAUCAACAUGUACAAUUCUUUCUCAUGGCUCACUCUUUUUGAGAAGGUUUUUGAGCUAUUUGGCUGGUGUGAGACUCACGACCCACUCCUGUUCUCUCUAUGGAAUUGUAGGUGCUCGGACAGGUAACCUCUGCUGCUACUGUCUCUUUUAUUUUUAAUUUUUCACUGUUCUUGGAAUUUCUAAAGUAUUGUAGGAUUUAUAACAAACAUUACUUUUUCUCUUUUGUUUUCUGUUUUUUAUUUGAAUUUCUCUGACCUUGAAGGGUGAUUUCUGGGAUGCUCUGAUGGUGGUAUGGAUCACUGUUCGAACAUUCCAUAGCUCAUGUUACAGUUUUCAGUUUAAUGUCUUUUAUUUGUUUAAUGCACUGCUAAUAAAUUGAUGUUUUGGGGCCAUGGGAGUUUGUAACUUAAUGAAAACUGUUCUAAUAUGUGAAUAUACUGCUAUCCCCUUUUUCAUAUUUUUCUAACAAUUCACACUUUCUUGCUGUUCUUUGCAAAACUUUUCAGGAGUCAAAAAAAGUCAAACAAUCCAGAGAAAAACUUCCCUUCUCCCCUUUCUGAUGGCAAGAGAGAAACCUUGUGAAAAAUCCUUGAGAAUGUUCUUCCCUAAACUUUUCCCCCCUGUGGUAAAACAGUAAACGCAGCAGAUUGGUGGCAUCCAGUACCGACCUGUUGGCAGGUAACUUUCAGCUCUUUUGAUCAUCCCGUGUUUUCUAACUUUAAUUUCUUCUCUUCUCUGAUCUUAAUAAGACUGCUUUAUUGAAAUAAAGAGUCUUAGGAAGUACAUUGACCCCCUUUCCCUCUUUUGUGUGUGUGUUUUUUUGUUCUGCUAGAGUCAGGUUUUAAUAAAACUUCUAGAUUCAUAUAUUCAAAUGUGUUCAUGGCAAGGAUGAAAUUAAACUGCAUGUAUUAUUAGAAAGGGGUGAAGGGAUGGUAUGUAAUUCCAUAAAUACUACCAUCUCCACUCUUCUCUGUUCCUCUCUCCCCCUUUUCAUUUAUCCCGCCCGCACUCAAAAUAUACACUCUUGGCUUAAGUUUCUACAGGGCUUUGGUGCUUUCCAGGGGCACAGCACAAAACUAAUCGACAUCAAUUAAUAACAGGUAUGAAAAACUAGGUGUAAAAAUGUAUAUAAAAGAUACAGUUGGACAGGUUGGAGUAUGGUGGUUUCUUUGUCAAGAUUGUGAAGGUGAGCAUAUUUGAGGAAUUUCUAACCUGCUGCCUAGCAUAGUACUUUGCAAAUAAUAUUUUGGUGACUAAGAUUAUGCCUAGAAAACAGUGUAUUAGCAGAGAGUUUUAUGUAGAAAUACAAGAACUAAGUUGAAAGAAUUCAUGGGGAACCACAAAUGCUUCAGAUAAAAAUUCCCAAAUUAUUUUAAGUAUUCAUAAUGCCGCAAAAGAUCAUUAUUCUAGCAUGUUGUUAAGCCUAAAAUUGUUUUCUGUUUCGUGUUCUAUCUUGAGCAAAAACGUUCCUCAGCUAGUUUAAUGCAAUAUUAAGUUUUAAAAUUGUUAAUGGGGAUAUAUUUUAAAACAAAGCAAAAUUCUUUCUCCGAUAUACUAAAGGGAGAUUUUUUUCUUCAAAUCACUGGCAAGGCUUCUUUGUGUUGAUAUCUGUGCAUUGACUGCUAUACCAAAUGGUACUUGAUGCUUUUUGAAGAAAUGAUCAAUUUUGCAAGUCUUUCACCAAAUGCACCACUCCCCCUUGUGAUUUGCCUCUAUAUGUAACCACAUAUACAGUAUUGUCAAAAAAGGGUAAAACAUUUGGUUUGAUUCAUCUGGUGAGGGAGUUGCUUAGGUGCAGUCAUCUCUGUUGUAAUUUUCCUCUGUACACAACACAGGCAUAACAUGUUUAAAAGGGCAAAAACAUCUGCAUUAAUUCUGCUGGUGGGGGACUCUAUGUCUUGGUUCCCUUUUCCCACUAAUCAUUUUUCUACUUCAUGGAGACUGGUGAAAUCUUUUUUGGCUUGCAAAUAGACUAAAAAGGUAAAAUGUUGUGCUGCUGUUAAUUUGAUAAAUCUCUUGUGAGCUGGCAAUUGAAGAAAGUAAUCCUUAGUGAGAUCUCUCACAUUCCCCCUCCCUUUUUGGUAUAGCCAUGUGACUAGCUCUGGAUACAGUGUUCUUCUUUCUUUACAUCUGUAAAGGUGACAUCUUCUAUUGUUUCUGGUGCCAGACUUUGUGUUUAGUCUGGUUAAGAGGGAGGAACGUGGUACUGAAGCAGCGGAUACUUUGAGAAAUAUUGUAAAGGAAUCCUUUAGCAGUUUUGAAAACAAAGGAUGGGUUUUUUUUGUUUAUGUGUUUUUGUCACUCCCCAUCACCACAACUACCAAAGGAUUAUGGCUGUGAGACCUGUGCAUUCAGACAGCUUGUUUGGUCUUUUAUUCUUCUUGGCUCAUGUCUAUGUACCUGAGCAGAAGACAGAAUUAAAUAGCCCACUAGAAGUACUACAUUCAAAAUUAGAUUAAUUCAGUUCAGCCAACAUUGUUGCACAUUUUUUCCUGCUGAAAUGUCAUAGAGAUACCUGAGGGCAUUUGAAUCUUCGUAUGUAAUCACUCCUUUAUCCAUAUAGCUCUAUCCACAUGGAUGACUUCCAAAAGACUCAGUUUUCUUCUGUCCACUGCUUUUGUUAUGGGUAUGGGGGAGGAUGCAGGGGAAAAUCUUGGAAUAAACCUUGGUGCCUUAAAAGGAUCCCCAUUGUAUCAAUUUUUGUGAGCUGAACAAGAACUUCUCUAUAUACCCUUGUGCUGCAACAGAGUAAUAAAACUGGUAGGUGGCAGCAGAAGAAGAUACUAAUGCAGAUGGGCACCCGUGAACUGAGAAUGCUGCCAUGUGGGGAGAGAUGGAUUCCAAAACAUUAGCUGAUGUAACGUGCAAAGAUGAGAGGCAGCUUCCCUGACUUGUCAAUCUGCUUGGUGAGUCUGAUUCUUGGUCAAUUCUUAUCCACCAUAAUGGAUGUUUUAACAUCACCUAACCGUUUAAUCUUGAAUGCUGACUAAAAGCCACUAUGGAGAGCUGUUCAUUAAUGUUGUGACACUUAUUCAUCAAGGAACUGUACUAAGCAGUUCAUCCCACUCUUGCUUUGUAUUAGCCACCACUUUCUUGUUCUAAAUAUAUGAAACACUUCCAUACCAAAAAUGCUAUUACUUCCUUUAAUUCAUUAGAGGGUUACUUUUCCUCCAAAAAGCACAUCUCAUUUGCUUUGAGGUAAAAUAUAUAUAUAUGAGAAAUUUGAAUAUAAAUAUAAACAAAAUGAGUAAUUUGACCUUGUGGCCCAGAUUCUCAAAAAUUCCAAGGAAGAUUUGGCACCAUCAGACCAUUACCCCACCCCUGACAACUCACUUAUGGAGAGCAAUGCUUAGUGAACAAAAUAGAGCUCAUUGGGAAGAAUCUUUCAUUAACUGGAAAAUGAGAAGUAUGUGUGGUUUCAACACUUGUUAAUUUUUACUUUUUCUUGGUUCUCUGAUUUUUCAUACAGAUAAUUAUACUAUUAUCCCUUGAAACACCAAGCAUGGCACACAUUGAAAACUAGUAGAUGUGCAAACAAUUGCUACAAGAGGGUUUUUAAUUACUGGCUAAUUAUAGUUACUGCAUGAUACCACAUCAGAGUCAAUCCACCAAGAUUUUAACUAUUUUUAAGAGUCUCUACCAUAAGAAAAAUACGUCUUAGAAAUGGUCUGGCCAUAGUCUGUCAUUUGAAGACAUCCUUGUAUAUUUCGUUUAGUUUUCAUUUAGAUAAAUGGAUGCUAUGAUAUUAAAAAGGAUUGAUUUCACUCCUGGAAAAUAUAGGUUAGUGAAAGCAAUUUAGUGAUGCUGAGACAUAUAUGAGCCUGACUAUAUUUAUGAUUAGAACAAGGUACCCCUUGAAAUUUCUUUACAUCGUCUAAGAUAAACUGAGCUAAGAUUGGUGUUGAUCCUCUGAAAAGCACAGUGUGGUUCUCCAGCUCUUCAUUGUUGAUUAGCAUGCCUUAGGUCAGGUUGUGAGAUAUAACGAAAUUAUGAAUAUGCUUCAGAGAACAAGUCUUCAGGUAGAAAUUAUUUGCUCUUAAUGGUUCUAAAAAUCUUAUGACAGCACAGCCCUGUGCAGUUUAUUGUGUAACUUCACUUGAGUUCUUUGAUCACAAUGCAUGUAAUGUAUUGGAGCACCUUAGAAGAGAUCCUGUUACUCAUUUUUAGGUAGGCGUGUGAUAGGUGAGCAAAGUUUGGUCUCCAAAGUUGUUUCUGUUGCCCUUGAAAGUUCCAAAUUCCCAAGCCUGCCUCUAUUGAAAGCCCCUAAGAGCAGUGGCCUAUCUUUUAAAUUGGUCACAAGGCUCCCUGCACUGUUGGUACAGUGCCUGCCUUUUCAGAAACUGAAAUGGAAUUCUGUUAUUUUACGGGGGAUUUUCACGAAGCGUUUUGUACUCUCUUGGAGGAUUCAAGAGGGUGGACCUGCCACAGUUGCUUGCUCUGUGGAUGUCUGUACUGCUUUAUGUUUUAUUUUAUCUACAAUAUUCCUCUUUCUUUCCAGGUUGCAAGAUGGGCACACAGUUUAUAAGAGCAGGAACUCCAUGGGUCCAACAACCUUUGGAGCAAUGCUAAAGAAUGAUUGGGCUGGGACGGGAGAGGGGUUUAAAUUGUCAUGUUAAAAUGUUCACUAAUACAUUUGCCAUUUGUUUUAUUCUUUCGAAAAUCCCCAUUGAGCCUGGUUUCAGGAGCAAGGUAGAACCCAAAUUAAUUAAAUACUUGCAUCUCUCUUUUCAAAUUGUAAACAAAAGCUUGACAAGGAAAUAACACUUUUAAGGGCAAAUAUAAAAACAUACACAGAUCCAUGUACACAAGUAUAGGAAUGCUGGUGUGAUUAAACAACUGCUGCAAUGUAAAUACAGGGCAUAUCCACCUGCCCACAGGAUAUAGCUAAUUUGGGAUGCAAUUUUGAGAUGAAGAUAAUAAAGGAAAAAUUAUUUUCUGCCAAAACCAUUUGGAAUGUGACAAUUUUGUUUCAUAUAACUGGUAAACCAACAAUUUGCAAACUAGAUGUAGUUUCUGGAUAUCUCCAUCCUCCUUGCCCUUCUCCAUGCAACAGAUUGGCUUCUGAGUGAGGUAGUGGGGAGACCAUUGGUGUCAGUGGAAGUUUUCUGUUAGUACAGGAAAGGAGAUUACACAUUCAGGAAAGGAAAUUCCACCUGAACAUUAGAAAGAACUUGCUGACCAUACGAGCUGUUCAGCAGUGGAACUCUCUACCUCAGAGUGUGGUAGAAGCUCCUUCCUUGGAAGCUUGUAUACAGAAGCUGGAUGGCCAUCUUUCAAGUGUACUUUGUGCUUUUCUUGCAUGGCAAGGCAAGGGGUUGGACUAGAUGGCUCAUGUGGUCUUUUCCAACUCUAUUGUUCUAUGAUUCUAUAAUAGCAUCCAGUUCAUGCACUACAACUUACCCUUUUCCUUCACUACCCUGAGUCCCUUUGGGGAGAUAGAAAAGUAUAUAAAUAAAGUUUUCUUAUUAUUAGUCUGAUGAAACCUUUUUAUCCAUCCUGAAGUUCAGUGUUCUUUUAAACCUGAUUUAUUGAAUGUUCCUUCAAGCAGAGUGCAACCUCAUUCAGGACAGGUUGUUUGCCCAUUUCUUAGACUCAAGAGCCACCAACCCACAGGGCCUCCUCUUAUUGAUAGUCAGUUUACUGGCCUUCCUCCAACCCAUUAUAGAAUCCAGGCACUGGGUCAGAUCCUGCAUAGCCCUAGCUAAUUGAUGACAUAAAAUAGAGCUGAGUGUCACUAGCAUACUGAUGGCACUCGAUGCUAAAGCCUCAAUGGCAUCACUCAGGAAGCAUUGAAGGGAGAGAAAUAAGGUAGAACCCUGUGGCACUCCAGAGCUUGAAAGCCAUGGAGCUGAACAGAAAUCCUUGGAACUGGUAUGUUAGAUAGGAGUAGAAUCAUUGUAGAAAAUGCCCCCCAAAAGGAGUCGCCAGGUAUUCAUAUUUGGUCUCCUAUAAGCAGCUACUCUCUGAGCUAUAGCCCCCUAAAAAGAUGUCACAUAAAGAAUCUGAUGUGGUUAGAAAAGCUCAUCCCUGAUAGAUUUAAAAGUAAAGUGACUCUUCAUUAUUUCAUUCUAGGUUGCAAGAACACAUUUCAGACAUUUUCCUCCUGCUAAGUUAAAGAUGGGCAACUGAACGAUUUAAAUGUGAAAUUUUCUGUCCUGCUCACACUGCAUACUUUCUGAAAUACACAUUUCUAUAUGAUGCUUUUUUUGUCAAAUUCCUCAUUAUUUUAUACCCGUUAACUUUUUGUGAUCUUCUGUGUACAAGUCUUUAAAGGUUAAAUGCGGGCACUUUACUGGAGCUAAGCAAGUCUGUAUUGAAUAGUAUUUGAAUGAGAGACAUGUUGAAGCCACAUACCCCUUUGACUUCCGUCCUAGCGGAAAGAUUUUAUGAAUGUAAUAAAUAAUACCAUCUCUGAUAAUAGCAUUUCAGUUAUCUUUGUUUCCGUGCCUUUUUGACCUCAUUUAGUUUGCUUCCUGGGUUCUCUUGAUUCCUCAUACUGCACUCAUUCUUCCUCCCCCUACUAAAUAGCACACAUUUUUGGGUGAAGCUUUUCCAGGCAACUCAUUGGCAAAAGGUGAAAUCAUUAAACUGGUUGUCAUGGGACAAACAAAAUGUUGAGAAAGGACAAGUCUAUGCUUUUGACAUAUGCAAACAAAAAUGUUGAGAAAGGACAAUCAAGAGAAUGUUUUUGACAUACAAAGCCAGGGUUCUGAGGAAUGUGGAAUGGGCAAAAGAAAGGAAAUCAGUCCCCAGUUAGUUAUUAUCCUCAUUCCUGUACUUUUAUUAUUUCAAGCACUUCUCUCCCAGUCUAGCUGUGGUAGCAGAAGUGAGCUAAGCUGAGGAGCAACUGGAGUGCAGCCAGGUAAGUUCUGUGAUUCUAAAGCAGGAGAGGAGUCUAGAUUUCUGGAUAUGCUUUACUUCACAUUAAGAAACUGUUUUUUGUGUUUUGUAUAAUUUUGUAUAAUUUAUUUCCAGUUGUCAUAAACCUACUGAUCUUGCAUUUAAAAGUGACAGAAUUCUAGUUUUUACCUCAGCAGUUUCCUAAUAGUAUAGUCCAUCUCAAGGACCUAUGAAUGCUGCAAAAUGUUUUUGUUCCAAAUGAUAAUUUCAGAAGCAAGCUUUGGGUAUGGAAAUAAUUACCAUUCAGAUUUGAUGAAACUGCUUAUAUAUAUUUUUCCUUUUUGUGAAAUAUUUCCACAGGACUUUGAUGCUAGGUCAGCAGCCUCAGAGACUGGAGCUAUUUUACUGCAGGACAGGUAAUGCAUGGCUGGGGGGUAAUGGCAGCAGCAUGCUUUACCAAUCGAUUUGAGCUCAUAAUCUGUACUGUGCCUCUUUCUCCCUCAAUAAUGAAGGACCAUCUUCAAGGCUAGUCAGUAUCUUUGAUGAGUCUGGUGGCUACCAAUGAAGAAACCAAGUAUUCUGGCGGUUUUUGUGAUGCUUGUAUUCAUCCUUGCCCCCACCCCUUUCUUCUCCCACAGUUCUGAGUCUUAUUACCAUGACCAUUUUUCUGUCUGACUUGCCUCUUUAGAGUUAUGAAACAUCAAGAGACUGAACAUCAUCUUCCUGGCAGGGGUCUGGUCAUUUCCUUUGGUUUCUUCAGUUAUGAAGGGAAUGCUUGAAGGUGGAACAAUCCCAAGAGGCUGAGAUGAAAUGGCAGUAGUGAUAAUAAUGCAUCCAUUUAAUGAAAGAGAUAUUUAAUAAAAUUGAAAAGUUUAAAUUUA